CCGCUCUCUCCGAGCCACACCCAGCACAGCUCUUCGGCCCGGGCAGGCGGCUCUUCCCACCCACGCCUCCUCCUGCUGUCAUUCAUCCCCAUGAGACUGCCGGGCCGCGGGGCUGCCCGCGCGCCAGUUCCUGGGCUCCUCCAGCCGCUGCUCCUUCGCUCCGCGGCCGGCGAGACGCGCCGCCGCCUGAGGAGGGGCCGGGCUCGCGGCGGGAGCCUAGGCCGGUUAGUGUCUCGGGGAGCUGCGCGGAUCGGACCGGCCUGGGAAGAGUCCGUGGCUGCUGCGGCGCCCCGGAGAAGAGAGCCCGCGAGGGCUCCCCCAGUGUGAUGCCACCUAAAGGGCGUGGAAAAAGCAAACUCCCUGUUCCUCUUCCCAAAGGAAUGAUAAUGAAAGACACUGAAGGAAAGGAGUGGAGGUUGGGCAAUAUAAUUGGCCAGGGAGGAUUUGGAUUGAUCUAUUUAGCUUCCUCUCAUGUUCAUAUUCCUGUAGAAGAUGAUGCUGUGCAUGUAAUUAAAGUGGAAUAUCAUGAAAAUGGGCCUUUGUUUUCUGAAUUAAAGUUUUACCAGAGAGCUGCAAAACAAGAGCACAUCAAAACGUGGAUGAAGCUCAGACAAAUAGGAUUUUUAGGAAUUCCGGUAUUCUGGGGAACAGGCUCGGCUGAAUACAAUGGAAAAAGGUAUAGAUUCAUGGUCAUGGAAAGAUUAGGGGUAGACCUGCAAAGAAUCUUGGACAAUGAUGGACACCGGUUUAAAAAAGAAACAGUUCUGCAACUUGGGGCCCGAGUGUUGGAUGCCUUGGAAUAUAUGCAUGAAAAUGAGUAUGUUCAUGGUGACAUUAAAGCAGCAAAUCUACUUCUGGGCUACACAAAUCCACAUGAGGUUUAUCUUGCAGAUUAUGGACUUUCCUACAGAUAUUGUCCCAAAGGGAACCACAAACAGUAUAAGGAAAAUCCUAAAAAGGGCCAUAAUGGGACAAUAGAGUUUACCAGCUUAGAUGCCCACAAGGGAGUAGCCCCAUCCAGAAGAGGUGACCUUCAAAUCCUUGGCUACUGCAUGCUACAGUGGUUAUGUGGGAAACUACCCUGGGAACAGAACCUGAAGGACCCUGUAUCUGUCCAGACUGCUAAAAUAAAACUGAUGGACGAGCUCCCAGAUUCAGUGAUGAAGUGGGGUCCGGCUGGAAGCAGUUGCUGUGAAAUAGCUAAGUUUUUGGCAUGUGUUUAUGGUUUAACUUAUGAGGAAAAGCCGAAGUAUCAAGUGCUAAAGAAAAUCCUGGUGGAUGGACUCAAAUCAAGUGGAACUUUUUACGAUGGCCCUCUGGAAUUUUCCACUGCUGGAUGUGCACUAAAUCUGUGUGCUUCUAAAGAUCUGAAAGCUGAUUUACCAAAGCCUACACCAAAACAGUUUAAACAAAAAGAAAGCAAGCUGGAUGAUGAAGAACAUAAUUGUCUGAGAAAAGCUAAUAUUCAGGUAACACACAGACAAUUACAAGAACAAGAGAAACCAGGUGGAUUGAACCAGAUGUGUCAGCAUAAUGAACCACUGCUGGAAAACACCGUAAGACAACUACACAGGCACUAUCCCCAAACAGUUUUCUGGGAAGUUAAAAAGAAACACCACCAAAACAGCAAUACAUAUUUUCCAGUAUCUUUGCAAGAACCCAAUAGAGAUUUUACUUGUCCUUCUGUAUCCAGUAUUUUUAAGCUUGCAUUUACUGAAGAGAGGUACCGAUACACCAUGACCAUACUUGUACUUCUGAUAUUAAUAUUCCUUGUGUUGUAUUUUCUUUGAUGUCACCAUUUAAAAUGUCUUGAGUUUAUGUGCAGUGUCAUUAGCCCAAAGCUGUACAAGUUAUUUUUUCAAAGUUUCUUCAUAGACAUUUUCACCGAGAUUGGCUUAAAAAAGAUUUGUGAAGUAACAUACUGUAAAUAGAUACGUUUUAACAUCUACAAUGUACAAGGCUACAUGUGUGUUAAAAAUAGUGUAUUUGGUUGUUUCUAUUCUGAACAUUAGGCAUGCUUCCCAGAACUAGUCCUUUCAUAGAGUAAUACUAAAAAUCGUAGAAGAAUUAAAUAUCCUGUGUCUUUCAUGAUAAAGGACUCUGGUAUAUGUUUGAUAUAUAGACAUUGUUACAUUUUACUUUUUCACUUGCUUCAACAAAUAGUUUUAAAUACUGGUGCAUGUAAUUAGUAACUCCAUGCUGUAAUUUUUACAGUGGAAUAAAAUAUAAAAUCCACAAGUGUUAAUGUUAA